ACUGUAGCUUCUACAACAACAACUGUAGCUCCUACGACCACUACAACAGCAACACCUACUACGACAUACACAACACCUACUACAACCAUUACAACAGAAGCACCUAUGACAACAACUGUAGCUUCUACAACAACAACUGUAGCUCCUACGACCACUACAACAGCAGCACCUACUACGACAACUACAACUGAAGCUCCUACGACAACCACAACGGCAGCCCCUACUACUACAACGACAACUGUAGCUCCUACGACUUCUACAACUGAAGCACCUACUACAACAACUACAAAUGCAGCUCUUACGACAACCACAACUGUAGGUCCUACUACAACAACUAUAGAUCCUUUGACCACUACAACAGAAGAACCUACAACGACAACUGAAGCUCCAACGACAACCACAACACCUACUACAACCAUUACAACAGAAUCACCUAUAACUACAACUGUAGCUUCUACAAAAACAACUGUAAUUCCUACAACCACUACAACAGCAGAACCUACUACGACAACUACAACUGAAGCUCCUAUGACAACCACUACUGCACCACCUACAACUACAAUGACAACUGCAGCUCCUACUACAACAACUAUAGAUCCUAUGACCACUACAACUGAAGCUAAAAUGACAACCACAACACAAGAACCUAUAACAUCAACUGUAGCUUCUACAACAACAACUGUAGCUCCUACGACCACUACAACAGCAGCCCUUAACAACUGUAGCUCCCACGACCACAACAACAGCAGCACCUACCACGACAAACACAACUGCAACAUCUACUACUACAACUAUAGCUCUUACGACCACUACGACUGCAGCACCUGCUACCACAACUACAACUGA